AUGGCAAAGCAGAAGGCAAUUGCACGGAUCUACGGUGAUUGGAAAGAGUUGUACAACAAGGUGCCGAAACUGCUUCAGGCACUACAGAGCUGUUUUCCUGGCACCAUAUGUGACCUACGCGUCAAACCGUACUACGAUGGACACCUCAUGGCCUUCAAGCAUUGUAAGCCGUUUGUAUCCGUAGACGGCACACAUCUGUAUGGCAAGUACAGUGGAGUAUUGCUUAUUGCGGUGGCGCAAGACGGGAACAACAACAUACUACCAAUUGCUUUUGCCAUUGUUGAGUCUAAGAGCACCGAGUCAUGGUCGUUCUUCCUUACUAAUUUGAUGUGCCACAUCACCCCACAAGACGGCUUGCUGGUUAUAUCCGAAAGAUCUCAGGCCAUCAAGGCCGCCCUAAGCUCCGAUGAUAAUGGUUGGCAUCCCCCUAUGGUGUUCCAUGCUUACUGUAUUAGACACAUGGUUGUGAAUUUCAUGAGCCGUUUCAAGUUAGCCGAGGGCAAGAAAUACCUCAUAAACGCUGCUUAUAGUCAAAGUCAGGCCGGGUUUGAGUGGUACAUGGAUGCAUUGAGAGGUGUCUCUCCGGCGAUGGCGGACUGGGCUGAUCGUUUUAAAAAGGAGAUUUGGUUUCAACAUUGCGACAGUGGGCGGAGGUUUGGACACAUGACCACGAAUCUGUCCAAGUGCAUCAAUGCUGUGUUGAAGGGGACACGCUACUUGGCCAUUUCGACCAUUGUGCGGAUCACGUACGAGAGACUGCAGAAGUUGUUUGUAAGAAGGACAUCCUAUUGCCUUUAA